AUGAUACAGCCCAGCAUUUUGCGUCUACAUCGUGGGCGUGCUAUACUAGCUGAUAAACCUCACACAAUUGUUCGUUGCUUCUCCGCCAACCACUCAUUCGCCCAAAUUAAUACACCUCGACCCAGCACUCACGAGAAUUCCAUUUCCACCUCGAAGUCGGUGGCUGAAUCCUUCCAGGCUCAGCACCCUAGAAGGUCCAAAAUCCCACCAGCACGCCUGAACCUCAAAGAUGCAGGCUCGAGUCGUCCUCUCCCUCGACGAGUUGUCGAUGCAAGAUCUAUGGCCGCCAGUCGAAGCGGCUCUCAGCCUGCCAUUAUCAUACGAGGGCCAAGGCUUCGGACUCCUCGCAACUUGAUGUCUGCCCGUUCCGGCGGACCGAGACCCCCCAAUCGGACCGCUACAACCAAAGACCGGAAACAGGGUCGCCCGCGGGCUAAAUCAGACGCCUUUGUAAACGAUGACGACUAUGACGAAGAAGGGGUGGAGAAAGCCCUUGCUGAGCUUGCUGAACAGUCGAGGCCUGUGUCUAUUCGUUAUGAUCCAGAGCCGGUCACUUUGAAAUCUCUAAAGGAGACGUGGCCAUCUUUACCCACUGACCUCCGUGCCCACACAGCUGGAGUCGCUGAAAAGCUGUCCUCGCUCAGUGCCCGCUUCGGCGACGGCUAUGUAUCUUCCUCAGAAAUGGGCAAGCGUCUUUUCCAGGGCAAAUACGUCCGCUUCCUAGACGAGGAAGAGAAAUCACUUGCUAUGACAGAGGCAAUGAGGCUAUCCCAAGGACUUGCGGACAAGCUUUCACAACGAAAAGGCGACAUUGUUCAACCCAAAGAAAUUACCUUUAGUCCGAUCGGCGAAAAGGAUCGAAAGACUCUGAUUGAAUCGCUUGUUCAAGGCAAAUAUUCUAAGGCCGGUGAUCAGUCUUCAAAUUCCCCCACCUUCGAUCGACUUGCGACGAACCUGAUAAACAACGGGACGUAUCAGACGGCAGGGAAAGACGUGCAGUUUUUUGCUAAAGUGGAAUCACUGUUGGCUUCAAAUCGUCGCAUUUAA